GGUCAGCGCCUCGUUCCGCUCACCCGGAACGGGCGGAGGCCCGCCUCGGUUCGUCGCGGGAACGCGUUCCGACAGCGGGGGUGCCGCUGGCAAAUGGCGGCGCCGCGGGCCCGUCGCUGGUGCCGGUGCCACGGAAAGGGGGGAACGCUCUGGGCUUCUCCGCAGCGUUCUCCAGAGCGGGCUCUGAAACGCAGCGCUCACGAACAGUUGCUGCUCCCCGCCCCGGGCUGCGCGUCGCAGAUGCGCUUUGCUGGCCGCGCCGCACUCGCGAGCUCAGGCAUUGUCACGUUGCUCGUCCCUGACGGGACGCACGGAGCUCGUGGCUGAGUUGGUGUGGAGUCUUCUGCUGCUUUAAUGGUAGAUGCUGAACUGUGACCCGUUUUCACCCGAGCCACACGCGCGGGUUUCCUUAGGCGUGCGGCGUCCUGCCCGAAGUUCCGCCCGGACGGAACUCGCCCGCUCUGGUACCGUACCGUUACCCACAGCCGCGGGUUUCCCAUCAGCGCUGGGUGCUGCACGCACAAGUUAGCUGGGGCUGUUCGUUGGCCUGGGCCCCUGUUAUUAGGUGCUGAACUUCACGUUACUGUGAAUUCGGUUUUUUCUUGCCUUGCCUUUCUUUUCUGAUGUGGGAGUGGUAUUGACUGUGAGGGUGGGUGUGACUGGCACUUGUGUGUCGUUGUUAAUGCAUCUUGCACGGUGUGGAAGUGGGUAGGCACAUUAUUUUCUUGUAUUUGUAGACUGUUUGAAAUGUGGACUUUCAGAGGGCAAAGCGUUGCACUGGGCACUAACACGAUCAGUAGGGUUCUGCGUGGUGGUUUUGUUUAGAAGUGAAAUGAAGGAAACUGAGAGCAGUCCUUCUUUUGCUUGUAUUUCUUGCUGUAUAGAUAGGCACAGAAACGUAUAAUAGAGUUGUGUUACACUUUCUCUUCUACAAUGGUGAGUUAAAACAACCUCAGGCAGCUGUGCAAAGUGGUGGCUGAAUUGGCUUUACAGCAUCCUCUCAUUUGUUUAGUUGUUCUGAACUGAUAGGAAUCAAUGUUUGCUUUCAGCAACAAUAACAAAAUCUGUUUUUUUUAAAGAGAAAUGUUGCCUAUCUUUAUUUGCACGUGCUUUGGUUACAUUACCUACUAGCACAGCAAUAUUGAUCUAAACUUCAUGGAUACAGAUUUCAGUAUUUUUUUGGUUUAAUAUUACUGCUUAAUAUCACCAACUGCUUACAUAAUAGCCUUAGUGACUUUAAUACUACCAAAUCCUUAAAUUUGGUGGCAAGACCAACAUUAGACAAGUAGAAUUUCUGCCUCACAGACCUCGAUAGCAUCAGCUGUAAUAAAUCUAUACUUCUGGUUAAGUUGCACAUAACAUUUCUCGUGCUUAUGUGUAUCAAAACAAGAAGUAAUAAGAUGUGAAUUAGAACAAUUCUAUCAUUGUCUGCGAAUUUGUUUUAAAGCAUUCUUUUUCUGUGUUGAAGUUGAGACAAGAAUCAGAUUUUGAGGCAUAAAAAGAGAGGUGUUACUUUAGUAAUGGUGUUUGAAUGCUUAUCUAUGUGAAGACCAUGUUCUAAGGAAGACAGACACCAUAUAAUUGACACAGAUGGAUGACACAAAGCUUUCUGUGAAACUGUUGAGGAAACAAAUCAAGGAUCCUAAAGCUGACUCUAACCUUGCGAGCAUUUGUGUGUGCAAUGAUGUUGCAGUAGUUGCCCCUAAACUGGGAAGUCAGUUUGGCAGUGCUUGAGUCCUCUUCUAUUCCUGCAUCUCUGAGUAUGUGUGACCCACCAAAGGUGGAACAUGCAGAACUUAUUUGAGUUAUGUUGUGCCUUGAAUUCUGUGUGCUCUGUCCUUUGGAAGCAGAACAACUCAAGUUGAUUGAGAAGAACUGGUGCUAGAAGAUUUGAUACAUUAUAUGGGAAUAAAAUGAAAUACAGAUUUGCAGAUCUCCCUUGUUAUAUUUAAAUAGCCAUUUUGGACCAACAAGUGGAUGGCAAGCCUUCUGUUACACUGAGCCAGGAUUUAAUUUUGCUCCUGACUCUAAGCAAGCAACAUUGUUGAUUACGUGUAGGGAAUGAACACAAACAUUUUGUUAGUGGCUGGGUACAGAGGACAAAUAUGAGAUUUCCUCACAUUCUGUACUGUUUGUACAUUCGGGGCUAGGCUAACCAAAACAUGUGAAUACACACACACUGUGCCAUCUCCUGUGCUGUGAUUCCCUUUCAAACAACGCUUAUCUCCUGAAGGUAAUCUUUAUAUUUUUUUAUACAUGGCUUCUCUUCCUCUCGUUUUUUGAUGAUGCUCCAUGAGUAGUUCUGGUAAGGAGCAGCAGUUGACAAUGCUAAUCUGCUGUAUUAGUAUUUUGCAGCUUCCAUGCUCAAACCUUUUGUUUGUAUCCCAAGCACUGGAAAUUCCUGGGAGGAGAGAAAACAAGUAUGCCCACUGCUGUGGUUUGAAUUGGACUCCUUGUUCAUUCUGUCUGAACAGAAUAUAGAUGAAAAAGCUUUCAAGGCUCAGGAUUUUGUUAGUUGAAUCCUGCUCUUGGAUCUGCAGUUCACUUCGUGGCACAAAAAAGCCACUGAAACCUGCAGGGAAAAGGGGUUAAAAAGAUCCUUCCCUUUCACCUUAUGCAAAUACGCAAGAAAUACUUGGCCAAGAACGAUAUGUCAGGAGUGCUGCUGGGGAUGUGGAACAGCUGUUUGUUUUUUGUCCUCCCCCAAAGUACUAUCUAUUUAAAUAUUUACAUGAUCUCUUGCUAAAACGCUUUCAUUUCUUUAUUGUACUUUUGUGAUUUGUUAGUAAGGAAUGGAGAAGAGGGAGAACUUUGUAAUUGUUCAUUCUUUCACUUUGUUGAAAAAAAUCAGUUGUUUUAUAUACUCUGAGAAAUACACCGAUGUUUUCUAAUUAGUUUAAAUAGUUUCACUGAGGCUCAUGCAUUGCUGCUUUGAUAUUGCUGCUUCUUUCUUUCAUGUGCUUUUUAUGUAUUUUAUAAUCUUAACAGGCUAUCUGAACAUACAGUAAAACAAGACCUUUCAGACAAUACAGCCAGAAGUAGCAGCUUGAAGAAGCCUGCUGGACCAGCCCAGAUGGAUGCAAUUUUGAACUGCAGAGUGGAUGAGUUGGAAGAUUACUACAACUUGCUAGGAUGUGAUGAACUAUCUACGGUUGAACAAAUUCUUGCAGAAUUUAAGAUUAAGGCCCUUGAAUGUCAUCCUGACAAACACCCAGGAAACCCCAAAGCAGUGGAGAAUUUCCAGAAGCUGCAGCAAGCUAAGGAGGUUCUUAUCAAUGAAGAGAGUCGAGCGCGCUAUGAUUACUGGAGGAGAAGCAAAAUCACCAUUCCUUUCCAGCAGUGGGAGGCCUUGAGCAGCUCUGUGAAAACGUCAAUGCACUGGGCUGUCCAAAAUAAGAAGGAUCAAAUGCUGGAAGGUCCUGACUUGAACAAUAGCAACAACUUAACUAAUGAGAUUUGGACCCAGAAAACUGAAAACAAUGAAGAUGGAUUGUCUGAUGGGAACAGAGAGCAAGAUGUUGCAAUUCCUGAUGUAAAACCACAGUCUUCAAAGAAUCCAGACUCCCCAAGAUUUUCGGAGGCAAACUACUGGCACUUACGCUUCCGCUGGUCAGGGGAUGCCCCAUCAGAUCUUCUGAGGAAAUUCAGAAAUUAUGAAAUCUAAAAUGCAAAAUACACAGUAGUGUGAGGUCAUCUAUUCAACAAUUCAGUAUUUUUUGCAGCAGUUUUAAGUUAUUUGUAUUUUGUAUUCAUUCAUUGUGAUUUGAAUGUUGUUUGAAUAAAUGUCACGUCUGUAUCUGCUAACACACAUUCUAUGAGUAUUACAGGCAGAGGUCUGUUUUAAUGAGAAGGUUCAGUAAGCAAAGCCCUUUUCAGUAUUAAUGUAGAGUGAUUUGGUGUAGUUAUCAAAUUUUUUGUAUAUUGUUUCUUGUGUUUUUAAAUAUUGUGUGGUAAUAAUAAUUGUAUUCUCAGCAGAACCAAAAGUCAGUGCUAGAUUCCAAGGUAUUACUAUAUUAAAUGACAAUCUACCAAAAGCUGUAUGACAAUGAACUUAAAACUGUGCUUGCUUCUAAACUAUGUACUUUGGUUCUCUACUCUAUUGCAUUGUACUUACUGCAGUGAUUUGUAAUGCAUGCAUUCACAAUACUUCUACAAGCCUAACUUGUUGGACAGUUGUAAUUUUGCAAUAUAAAUGAAAUAAGAACCUUAUUAUUAUCCAGCAGUUAACCAUGGUGGAUCAAGCACUCUCAAAAAUCACUUGCAUUCUAUCAUAAUAGGUAAGCUUUUUGCACCAACUGCUUAUUUUAGAAGGCAAUUCCAGAACCUUGCCUUAUUGGACAGAAACUCUUCUUGUUAAGAUUUGUUGGUGGAAAUCUGAUACCUCUUGUAUGUGUAUGCCAGCAUUGUCCUAGCGUAAUAGUUACUUUCUUCCCUUCUGUGGCCUCACAGACAGCGUACAAAAUCCUGAUAUGACCCUAAGUGUGAAGAAUCAGGCCAGCCUGCAUAAAUGUGUUUAAAAUCUAACUUAAGUUUUUGAAAUGUUGAGUGACUUCUCAAAUUCUGUGUUGUGUCUAUUUUGCAUUUGCUUCCUUUUUUUGUAAUCCUGACUGAUACGUCAGCUAAUUGACAUUGUGUUUUUUUUGUGUGGGCAAGUGAUUCUGACAGCAAGUGAUUCAAAUAAAAUUACAUACA